CCCAGGCAUACGUUGAAUUGAAUUAUCCUUUUGAUUUUACUCCAUCCAGUAUCUAUAUGGAGUCGAAAAUUCAUUAUGACUACCCAGAACCAGGGCAGCAGCAGCCAAAAUCAGGGCUCGGUAAGAGACCCGCCGGAUGGUCUGCCACGUUUCUAGAGGGUAUCUCACGAUUGAAUAUUAACAAAGGCGGAUCUGCGAACGAUGGUUCCACAAAUAGCGAGGGCCAAAUUCGAGCUCAUUUCCCAUCGAAGUCUAACAGCAAUACUCGAGACUCGGCUUUCAAGGGAUCAACCACGGGGGAUGAGACGAAGUCAUUAUUCGGCUCGCCAUCUUCUGAUGCAUUGAUCCGAGAGGCUAUCGCAAAAGUCAAGCCCGCAAAUCCCAAGCAAUCAAGCACAUUCAAUUGGAAGGAAUCGCUCCCUCCAGAUUUUUUGUGGGCUUCUUCGACGUACCAAGCCCCAACUCGAACAAGGGUACCACAGGAUGUUGGGAAUGGAUCAUCAUCGAGUCCAGGAUCACUGAAGAGUUGGUCAUUCAACCCACCGAGCACGAUCCCGUCUUAUCCGCAAUCGUCGUCGGACUCCAAGUCUGCACCUAGUGGAAAAUCAUUCGACUUUGAGGAUGACGUCCUAGUCUCUGCAUUCUCUGACAUUCCAGAGCAACAGUAUCCAAAGUCAAUGUUUUUCUCCUCGACUUUUCAGAUCAAUUUUUCUCUUGCAUUGCAACUGGCCAAGGAUUCUGUGGCCCUUAUGGAACAGCUUCUCAUUCAUCGAGAAUCCUAUACUGGGGACAUAGAUCCCACUCGGAUAAAUCACCAGAUGACACAAGUCAAGAAGGCUGGCGAGUUGAACAACUUUUUCCACGCCGAAACAAUCGCAUUCCUGGGAAGCUCGGGAGAAGGAAAAAGCAGCGUGAUCAACUCGCUCCUCGAUUUCCCAAGACUUGCUACAGCGGGUGAUUUCGGCUCAGCCUGUACUUCGAUCGUCACUGAAUAUCGGCAGAAAAAAUCCGGCCAAUCGCAACGGAUCAAAGUUGAAGUCGAGUACCUCUGUGGGCCAGCCUUGGAAGAACAUAUCAAAGAGCUGUUGUAUAGCUUUCGCCGUAAGCUUCUACCAGAUGUUGCAGAGGAUUCACUGAGUGCGGCCGACUGGAACAGAAUCAAGGAAGGGUCGAAAGAAGCUUGGUCUGCUCUGAAGUCUGUGUUUGAGAGCGAGAAAGAAUUUAGCCCGAAAUUCCUAUCGGAUAAAUCCCAGGAAGCAUUUGACAGAAUAGCGAAUCAGCUGGUCGAUUGGGCAGAGAAAGUUUCAUGGCCUACCGAUGCGUGUGAUGGGAAGUGGGUGGCCUAUGCAGAAUCCGCUGAGGAAUUCUACGCCAAAACAAGUCUUUUCAUGCAGGAAAGACUUUGGCCCUUGUCCAAGAUCAUGCGAGUAUACAUUGAUGCUCCAAUUCUGAGAGUAGGACUAGUGCUUGCAGAUUUACCUGGCCUCCAUGAUACAAAUCUCGCCAGGGUGAGAGCAACCCGGAAAUAUCUGUCAAGAUGUGAUCGUAUCUUCCACGUCUGCGAUAUCCGUCGAGUGUUGACCAGCGAGCCUCUCGAGUCAAACUUGAGCAGCACAACUAUUUGUGACGAAGCAGCGAGCGAUAAAAAUUCGCCUAAAAAGUGGUCUCGCACUGCCAUUAUUUGUACCAUGUCUGAUCACAUCGACCAGUACGGAGCCGAAAGAGACCUGCGUGACUUUGGUAGUGUGCACACCUUGGCGACACUUGGAAACAUAGAGAAUGAGAUCCGCAAAGUGGAUGGAAAGAAAGAUCCACUUCUAUUGACCAAUCUCCAGUGGAAAAAAGAAAUGCUUCUUAUUGACGCUCGAAACAAACGCGUGAAGGAUGCGCUAAAAAAGAAAUAUAAGGACAGCCCAGAACAGGACGACUUACAUGUUUUCUGUGUAUCGAACCGGCUCUACAGCAAGAGUUGCCGUCACAAUUCAGACGCGGUAACCAAUGAAGAGCACACCAUAAGCGGUAUUCCCGUUCUGCGAAAGUUUUGUUACUCUACGGUUGCAGACUUGAGGCUACGGGAAGCUAAAAGAUUCAUUCUUGUCACACUGCCGAGCUUUCUCAAUUCGAUCAAGCUGCACAGUCAGUCCUUGGAAAAUGGGCCUACUUGUGGGACUGACAUCAUUUUGGAGCAUAUGGGCCGCGUUAAAAAAGAGAUACUGCGUGUCCUUCAAGAAAGCUUGACUGACGUGCAAACAUUGUUCAACGAAAUGAUAGAAGGAUAUACUAGGAUCCAUCACCACAAGUGGCAACUUGCAGCGACAAAGAAGGGACUGGAAUGGCUUGAAUGGCCGUGGGCGGAAUAUCAAGCCUUUUGCCGGAAUAACGGAGUACACUAUUCUGAUUAUGAUGAGCUCAUUGACUGGAACAAGGAAUUGAUUGAUGCAAUGCAACUGGAGCUAAGCGGGCAGUGGACCAGCUUCGAAAGAAACCUCCCUAGUAUCCAGCAACGCAUGCAUACGUCCAUUGAUUUUCACCUCCAGAUAUUAAAGUUCAGAUUCAAUAUGGAGAAUUUCCCGUCCUCGAUGGUUGAGGGUAUUGACCUCCACGCGCAAGUGAGCAGGCAACUCAUUGAAGCCUUGUGGACGGAUUUGAGAGUUGAAUUGAGGGGCCUACGCGCGAGGACUCUGGGGUCUAAUGAGGCUUCCUUCAUAUUACACGAAAUGAUGCCUGCAUAUCGUGCCGCCGCUUCAUUUGAGGGUUCGAGUCAAGCCAAAAUCAAGGCUCUUGAAAAGGUUCAAGACCGAAUUGAGAACGGGAAAAUUUUCCAAAACAUCAUUUCAACUUCGUCAAGCCAAAUGAAUGAUACACUCAAAAAGGUCUUUGGCGAAAUGGAAGCAAUAAUCAACGACCGCGUCAUGACUUCUAUCAUGGGAGAUACGUUUGCAGUCUAUUCGACCGUUACCCUGGCGAAGAAGCCAAUGGACGAAUGUGACGGACGGAUGUCAGAGGCAGCACUAUCUUUGGAGGAGCUCCAACGGAAGUGUCGCAAUCUAGAUAGACGAUCUACAUGGAUCUCCAGACAGAUCGAAGGUUUCUAG